AGAAGGCAGCACUGUGAAUUUAACACAGGUAUCUUCGGGCUUUUAUUGUAACUGCGUCAAAGAAGAGUGCCCAUCGACAGCGCGUCGCCGCAUCAAGCAUGUCUGUCAGUGGCUCUGCCUUGAGCGUCUGACGCGCUCAAUGCGACUGCGGAUAUUAUACACUCUGUCGUGCGCCAUAGAGGAAUGAUUAUCCACAAUCGAGUGCGCGAUGUUUUGUGAUGGCCAGGAGGAGGAGGAGGACAGUGCUCUCUCAAUCUUGUGUUUAUGAGCAGUCAGCACAGUGACUCCCACACAUGCCAUAGAUGUCCUUCCCUUAGCUCACUGAGCUAACUUUAUUUCUCCUCAUCACCCCUGAUAUCCUUCCACUCUUCCCUCUCUCAUGCCUCUUGCUCUGUCUUCACUCUAUCUCUCUUCUCUUAUCUGUCCCUUGUCCAUCCCAUUUGACUUUCCCAUCCUCCCUUCCUCUGUCACUCCUGCUUUGUGUCGGAUGUCAUAAUGGUGUACUGUGGUCGAGUGCUGGACUCCCCCUGCACUCUGGCUCUGUUAGUGGGCUUCCAGUUCGCGUUUGUCCUCUACUUCUCCCUGGGAGGCUUUCGUGGCCUAGUGUCUGUUUUGGUUCAUUCCACCGAGCCUGAGAUCGACUACUCUCGACCGCAUGACGUCUACACCAACCUCACCUCUCUGCUGCUCCACCAUCCAGGACCCAGUGUACCAGAACAGCAGCUCAGAGACUGUAUACUGCCCUCUCCACUGCUGGUGGGUCCUGUUUCUGUCCACCUCUCCUCACCCCCCUCCCUGGAGAAGAUAAAAGAGAAGAACCCCUUGGUGACCUUAGGGGGUCAUUACCGUCCACCAGACUGUGAGCCACGGCACCAUACAGCCAUCGUGGUCCCCUACCGGAACCGCCAGACCCACCUCCGCGCCCUCCUCUACCAUCUGCACCCCUUUUUGCAGCGGCAGCAGGUCCACUAUGGCAUUUACAUUGUGCACCAGUCAGGGAACUCCACGUUUAACCGAGCGAAGUUGCUGAAUGUUGGAGUGCGGGAGGCGCUGAAAGAGGAGGACUGGAGCUGUAUUUUCCUGCAUGACGUUGACCUGCUGCCUGAGAAUGACCACAAUACCUACACCUGCCACCCCCAGUACCCUACACACCUCUCCAUAGCUAUGGACAAGUUCAGAUACAGGCUUCCAUACUCGCAGUACUUCGGAGGGGUGUCUGCUGUAACCCCGGAGCAGUACCUCAAAAUGAACGGCUUUCCUAACCAGUACUGGGGCUGGGGAGGAGAGGACGAUGACAUCGCAGCUCGCCACAGGAGGGACCAAGUCCGUCUCUCUGGGAUGAAGAUAAUGCGCCCCCCUUUGGCCAUUGGGCAUUAUAAGAUGAUCAAACAUAAAGGAGAUCAGGGUAAUGAGCAGAACCCGAGAAGGUGA